GUUUAAUUUUUUCUUCAUUCCCUUUUUCCCGGACAAUCUAACGGAUCAGGAUUUUAAAAAUUUGCCUAGUACAGAAUACAUCAAAAUCCACGGUCUAGUUAAAACACCACUAACUCACGAAAAAACGAACAAUGGUGGGUAUAAAACGUCCCGUUGAUACCAGUGACGAGCGCAAUGGGAAGAGGACAAAAGUGAAGAAGGAUGGGUCUAAGAAGAAGUCCGCCACGGAAAAUGUGGCAAAGUCGAAAUCGAAGUCAGACUUGAAAUCGAAAUUGAAAUCUAAAUCGGGGAAGUCGGACAAGACGAAGGACAAAGAGAAGAAGAAAAAUAAGAAGGUACAGGAGGAAUCUGAAGAGGAGUUCGACAUCGAUGAUGUCUCCGAUUCAGCUUCGGAAUUGGGCUCGAACGAGCGCGGUGAGGAUGUUGAUAUGGAGGAUGGGAACGAGGAGGGUGAUGGUGAUGAUAGUGAUGAUUCCCAGGAGGAAUCCGAAGGCGCAAAGAAGGAUGGCCCAGAGAAGGCAACUGGGAAUGCGAAUGAUAGUGGCAAUAACAACAACUCCCGUGAAGCACAUGCGAAACAGAAAGCCCUCUUGCAGGAGCGAAAAGCCGCCAAGCCUAACUUUGACAUUAUCGCCCGUUCCAAACAGCUAUGGGAACGCUUGCGCCGCAAGUCGCACGUCCCUCUGGAGGAAAGAAAGAAGCUCAUUACGGAGCUUUUCCAGAUCAUCACUGGGCGUACCAAAGAUUUUGUCUUCAAACAUGAUUCUGUCCGUGUCAUCCAGACGGCUCUGAAGUACGCGAACGUCGGGCAGCGGAAGCAAAUCGCACAGGAGCUGCAGGGCAGCUACAGUGAGCUGGCGCAGAGCCGGUACGCGAAGUUCCUGGUUGGAAAAUUGAUUGUGCAUGGGGACAUUGAGAUACGGGAUAUGAUCAUUCCAGAAUUUUACGGACGUGUCAAGCGGCUUAUCAGACACCCCGAGGCGUCGUGGAUCCUUGAUGAUAUUUAUCGGACAGUUGCAACGAAGGAGCAGAAAGCUAACCUUUUGAGGGAAUGGUAUGGACCGGAAUUCGUAAUCUUCAAGGAUGAAAAUGGCGCGGAACCGUCAGCAGAUUUGUCCAAGAUUUUGUCUCAACAUCCGGAGAAAAGGGCGCCCAUAAUGCAGUUCUUGUAUGAGCUCAUCAAUCAGCUCGUACAGAAGAAGACGACUGGGUUCACGAUACUCCACGACGCUAUGCUGCAAUACUUUCUCAACACAAAACCGGGCAGCUCUGAGGCUACGGAGUUUAUAGAACUACUCAAGGGCGAUGAGGAAGGAGAUCUGACAAAGAACCUGGCCUUCACCAAGUCCGGAUCCCGCUUAAUGUGCUUGAGUCUGGCAUAUUCCAAUGCCAAGGACCGGAAGUUGCUUCUCCGAUUCUACAGAGACACCAUCAAGAUGAUGGCUGGCGAUCUUCACGCACACAUGGUCCUGCUGGCGGCCUACGAGGUAGUAGAUGACACAAAACUCACCUCCAAAUUGAUCUUCCCGGAACUUUUGAACCAAACAUCCUCAGAAGCGGAACGCAAUGUGGAGCUUCUUUACCAAGUCACCGACCUGACAGCGCGCAUUCCAAUCUUGUUCCUUUUCGCUGGGGACAAAGUGAAAUGGCUCCUAACGGAUACCGACAACGAAGUUUUGAAAGAGAUUCGAGAGAUCCGAAAGGAGACGUCUAAGAAGGACCCUGAAGUCCGCCGUCAGGAGCUCAUCAAAGCCGCCUCUCCAACACUACUGGAUUUCAUAGCUGCCUCGGCCGAGACGCUGAUGGAAACCAGCUUUGGAUGCCAGUUCAUGUCAGAAGUGCUAUUUGGCGCUGGUGGCGACAAACAAAAGGCUCUUUCUGCCGUCGCCAUUGCAGCCAAGUCCAAGGCCGACAUCAGGGAUUCCCCAUUUGUUGGACGCAUGCUCAAGUCCCUUGUGCAAGGUGGUCGGUUCAACAGCUCGACUAAAUCAGUGGAGAAGGUGCAGCCACCACUAAACUUUCAUUCGCUACUGUACGACCAGAUCGCGGACGAGAUCAUGGCCUGGGCGACGGGGUCCAACACGUUUGUGGUAGUCGCCCUUGUGGAAUCGGAUGAGUUUGAGCGGCGAGAUGAGCUACUCAAGACUCUGAAGAAGAAUAAGAAGGCCUUAGAGAAGGCAGCUACCAGCUCUGACAGCGACGGGAAGAAGAAAUCCGGCCCAACGAGUAGUGGUGCUAAGCUGCUGCUUGAGAAGGUCAGGUAAUUUUGUCGUGGGGGAUAGUUGUCCGGAUACCUGUCAGUUGCAUGUUAUUUCUUUCUGGCGUUUUAGAGCGUAUGCAGUGCUGUAUAUAGCCCUCUGCAUUCAAAACUAGAGAACUGGAUUUGAGUCUGCGUACGGACGACUUUACCUACAGCUGAGAGUGGACGCGGUAGUCACAUGACUACAACGUGACACCGCGGGAACGUUGCAAUUACAAUUGCGGGUGAUCUGCCUUGUGCCUUCAGGGGAAAUUCUCUGGAACCUUACUGAGUUUACUCUGUAUUAAUUAAUAUAUUCUCUCAUUUGCCUGUGUAUCAUAUGGUGUAUGCUGCAUAUGCAAUGCAUGUCCGAUCUACUACGCUACCAAUCUGCAGACUGCUACAGAUGUGGAAUACCUCCUGGAAAACCAGUUUCUUUGAGUCUCUUCCCUUCGACUCAGAGUUCAAU